UUCCCGGGCCCAUUAUUCUGCCGCAAACCAAAUCCCAACCCCUCAAGCGACUGAUUCGUGUCGAUUUGGUGGAUUCUAGGUCAUGUCCAAUCGGGUCCUAUUGCCUGAAGUCCGAUUUCCUUUCCGUUCCUUUUCUUUCUAUUGUUUCAAACUGGGUAUUAUUACUACCGAAAAAGUAGACGUAUUACUGUAUCAGUCUGCUUAUUGACUGCUCAACUCUCACCACCGCCAACAUCCGCCGUUACUUCGAAAAUCCGCUCCCCAUUUGUCCACUCUCUCUCCAUAUUAGUCCUAUUGUGUGUCAGUUUCAAUCAGCAAUCACUGAACUUCAACCUUUUGUUGUCGUGGGAUUACAUUGAUUAGCUGUUCCACAAGGCUCAGUGAGCUCUAUAGCCCAAGCAGUGUGCGUGUUUGGAACUCUUAAACGGAGUCACUGCUAGGAUUUACGGAAAUGAAUGACCCUGAUGCAGAAGGCAGAUCAUGCAGUCACAAAUUGGUGCCAUGGAUAAGUUGGGACGAAUGGAAAUUUGUCAUGGAGUCUCUCUUCUCCUCUUCUCCAGACUCCAGAACCUCGGCUUUUCACAGAAUAUCAGCAUGGCGAAGCAGAGGAUGUCUUCCAGCUGUGAUCGAAGUCACUGCUUCAAUUAUUGAAAUUCAGCUAAAAGAUCCUUUCUUUAGAGUUGAUUCAAGCGACAAUGCUUCGGACUCAGAGGAGGUGUUGACCAUGCUUUAUUGCAUGGCAAUCAUGAGGUUGGUGAAUGGCACUGUUGAGACGAUACGUAAGAAGAGCAUGAAGAGAGGGAAGAGAAAUAUUUCAAUUGCCGAGGCAGCUGCUACAAUUAACAUUCCACGUAUGCUGGUUGACAUUCGUCACGAGGGUUCUCAUCGAGAUCUCCCUUCACUUCGGCUGGUUCGUCUUGCCUCAAUUAAGGCACUUGAUUGGUUGAAAUCUUAUUACUGGGAGCCUCAAAAGAAUGCAAUCUCAUUUCAAAAUGAUGUAACUGCUAGUGUCAGAAAAGAAAUCAAGUCUAGACUGCGUGAAUUGGCUUUCCGUUUGAAAACCAAGCAGGCAACCCGGUCAAGUUCUAUCCUAGUCAAGAGAAAACUUGUUAAGCACGGCGAACGGUAUAGUGGGUGCACUAAGUUUCUCUUUCACAAGGCUGGCAAGCUCCAAUCAUCCAAAAUUGCAGGCUCUAGGAAAAAGAUAACGAAGCCGUUGAAUGCUCUUGUUCGGUUUUAUUCUACCUACCCUUCAGAAGUGAUAUCUGUGUUAUCAGAGUUUUUGCUGAAGGCAUCAGAUUUCUCAUAUUUGGUGGAGCUCCCAGAAAAUCAAGUCAGUAAUGGUGCAGAGCAUUUGCAUUGUGUAUUUGAUGAUUGGAAGUCUCUCAUUACAAAAUUGUCAAAUAAGGAACCAGAAUUACUUCUGACCCUUCUCAAGGCAGUUCUUGAAAUGAUUGAGACUCGGGAAGCCAUAAAAUAUGAAAGUGGAGGAACACAUCUCAAACCGGACUACAGGGCUGAAAUUCGGGCCAUUGAGAAACUUUCUAAUCUGUUUGAGUGGCUCGUUGGAAAUCUCAAGGGACUAAAGCCUAUUCUCAGCAAAGAACCUGCUGCAUCUGAACCCGAAAGUUCUCCAGCGGCAUUAUAUCUGCCAAAGGCAGCUUUAGUUGAACUCCUACGUAAAUGUCUUCUGGUCUCAUCUCCUGGCAACAGGCAACUCAUGGCAUCGGCCCAAGUUCUUGCACACAUGACCAGAAAUGGCUCUCUGGUUCAGAAACUCAACAAACUCUCCUUGCUUGGUGGAUCAAAUCUGGACUUCCCCGAAGAAAACACUUCUCUUGUUAGUUCUGAAGACUUUCUUACCCUUCAAAUGGAUUCUAUCAGUCAAGCAGCUAGAAAGCUAGAUUUUGUUAAACGUCACCGAGUGCAGGGAAAUGUUCUGAAGACUCCUACACAAGUUGAUGCAGGAAAUAAGAAAAGAUGGGCUGUGGCAAAGUCGUGGAACCCAUGUCCGAUUGGCAUGUUGUCUCGUGAUCUGAGUUCUUCUGGCCGUCUUCCUGUUCUCCACUGUGACGACGACGACGACGAUGAAGAAGAAGAAGUUCUAAAAUCAUCAGAUGAUAAAGUUGUUCUAAAGUCAUCAGAAGGCAAGAGGCGUUGGGAAUUAAACCAGUGUAAUCGCAAGAGGGAAGCUGAUUGUGCCGUUGAACUUUUAGAUUACUCGAGCCUUAAAAAGAUGAGGGGGACUGAAGAAGGUGGUGGUUUAGAUGGUGAAGAUGAGAUAUCGUCAGGAGGUGUCAAAGGCAAGUUGAUGAUUGGUGGGGUUUGGAAGAAAAUUGGGGAGGAAGAACUGCUUGCCAUUGCAUCAGCUAUAAGGAUUUUGGUUUAAUUCACUUGGAUUCUUUACUGGGUUCUAUUUAUUCUUAUGGUGGUCAUCACUAACGAAUAUCAGCGUUUCUGGUGAGGUAAUUGAUAAGUGGCUGUACCAACAAUUUUGAAUCAUGAUUUUUAGAUUUUAGAUUCCUAUAGUUAUAAUCUCUCCCCUCUCAACCACCGAGCGAUUUUAGCCCAGCUGGUAUAACUACUCCCUCAAAGGAGAGAUGGGGGUUUGAGCCC